AUGUACCUUCCAUUUCUGGUCGAGCCCUGGAUCGAGUACGGCAUUGGCGUCUGCGUCCUAUUCCUGCGGUACUUCGCAAGAGAGUUUAGAGGCUGGGAAGGAGAUGACUAUCUUGCUGUCCUCGCCCUUGUGCUAUGGACCUUUAUGCCAUCUUUCUGGCAUGUCAUCAGAGAGUACGGGAUAUUCAGCAGUCUUCCGGACGAAGAUAGGCCUACCUUAACUCCCCUACAGAUUGCAAGGUACGAGUAUUCAUCGAAGCUAUUUAUAACAGCACGGAUCUUGUACGUUACCCUGAUUUGGACGUUAAAGGGUUGCCUGCUCUUUUUCUAUAACCGCAUUGUUCAAGGACUCAAGCAGCAAGUCCUUGUGAAAUGGGCCGCGGUAGUUUGUGUUUUGUUCUACCUUGGAGCUCUGGCGACAAUCUGGGGCCAUUGUACGCCAGCUAGCAAGAACUGGCAAAUCAUGCCAUAUCCUGGUGAUGAAAGCGUGUAUUCGAGAAUAUACUUCCUGGUUCUUAUGGCCUUAAAUAUAUCAACCGAUGUCAUUAUCCUCAUUAUCCCACUAACAUGGUUCCCAAUGCUCCGAAUCCCAGUUUGGCAUAAGAUAGCUAUUGGCCUUCUUCUUUGCUCUGGCGUUUUUGCCAUUAUUGCCGCGAUUGUGCGCUGCAUUCUAGCGUUACGGGAUAUUAAGAGCUUCAACAACACGGUGAUGUGGGCGAUCCGAGAAAUGUUUAUCGGGAUCUUCAUCGUCAACGCCGCAGUUAUUAAGCCGGUAUUCUCUAAAAGAUUUUGGUUUGGUACCAGAGAAGACAACAACGCUGCGCGUAGCAUCUGGGGCCAUCAUAACCAUCACAACUGCUCCCCCAACACAAGCGACAGCCUAGUUUGA